AUGGACUUAAAAUCGUCCCUUUCCUCUCUCAAUCCCAGUACCGCAUCGUCAUCAGACUCCGAUCAAUCGAAACAAUCCCCGGCCAAUCGAUCCGCAUUUCCCCUGCCUGGUGGAUCUACCACAGCGGAAACGUCCAAUGUUCAGUCGCAGUCAUAUGUGCCUCUUCCAAGUGUUUCCUUAAGUCCUCUCAGCUCUAUUACACCUCUCUCGUCCUCGACAACUGAAUCUAUUCCGGGCCUGACAGCUCUGUCGCAACGAGUUGACGAGAGCACAGCAGGGGCCGGAGGGGACCAAGAAGUGCAGCCUACGGGUUCAAAAUUAGAACAGAAAGAUUUUGGCAGUUUUUCGGCCAGUGCAGAUGCUAGCCUAUUAUCCAUAAGUGGUGCUCGUCCAUCCAGCACUGAAUUAUCAUCAAUAACUUCCAACUCCUUUCCCACACCUUCUACCAUUGGGGGACUACCAAGGCCAGUGCAACCGACUAUAUCGACUGCAGCUAGUACCACGACAAUGCCUCGUGCAUCCGUGAAACCAGUUGCGGCACCAUUGAAAAAAAUUGCGCCCGCUCCCCCCAAGAUAGAAGGGGUAUCAGAUAGCACCCCAGUAUCUGUUCCGAAAUCCGAUAAACAACAGAAUCGCACCAAGAAACCAACACAGAAACGGAGUAGGAAACGUAAAGCCAGAACUUACGAUGACGAUGGGGAGGGUAUCAUCAAAGCCGGGGACUCGAGCUCAGAUGAAUCAGAUGAAUUCACCCCUAUCGCCACCCAGACGAAAUCGGGAAGACAGAUUCAUCGACCCUCCGUUUUUGCCUACCAGCAAGGUACUGCACAGAGCUCCGCACCUGGAGCUACAGGGGUUACCACUAAAGUGUCCGGGCGAGAAAGCCCUCCCCGGAAGAAGAAAAAGGUGCGCAAGGGGAAAGAGGCGAAUAUUACCUGCGAACACUGCCAAAGAGGCCAUAGCCCGUCCGGAAAUCCGAUCGUCUUCUGUGACGAUUGUAAUGGGGGUUGGCAUCGGUUCUGCCAUGACCCUCCAAUCGAGGUGGAAGUGGUCAACGUGAAGGAGUCACAAUGGUUUUGUAGAGCUUGCAGACCUGUCAAAGCUCCCUCACCUAUCACUCCGGUGGCCAGUGCUAUGCAGAGUAAGCCAGUCGCGACCGCAACCGUCUACGAUACCAAAUUUUUGGAGUCAGAGAACCUGGUUGGUGGUUCGAAGUUCACUCGGGGAGAAAAAUUGGGAUAUCUCGCUGGGCUCUCUCAUGCUGCUCUUGUCAACCUGCUCAUUCGAAUUUCCGAUGAAAGUCCUGAGUUACCGAUUUUUCCUGCCAAUGUAAAGGACUUACGCCCAUCUCUUUUCAUAGCACCGUCUAUCGCAAACCCAUCGGCCACAACAAUUAAAUCAUCCCUCCAGGACACCACAACACAAACAACCCCGUUAUCAUCCGUUGGUACUUCCAUCACCUCCCAGCUUUCCUCGGAACCUCCAAAUCAACCCCAAUCCUCCACACCCCCAACCUCUGAUCCUGACCAUCCUCAUGCGUCAACAGCACAUAACGAGGGCGACCACUCUGAAGACGAAUUUGUCUCCGAACACCGACUUUAUCCAAAACCAGGAAACGGGUUCCUUCUACCUCCCGACCCAGUCGACCUAGAUAUGCUACUUGAGGAUCCGGAUUGUCCAACAUUUAGUCAUGCACUACAUGGUCCGGCGAAGAUGAGGGCUGAAGGUGCCGAACAUGGGGCACCUAUGGGUGUUGUGUGA